AAUCCUUAUGUCAGUGGCACGUGUGACAUAUGUCAACUUAUUUUAGAGUCAUGUUGUUACCUGUUGUUUUGAAAAUUGUCAUGGGUACAAAGGAGGGAAAUCUGUAAUUUGUGUUUGAAAUACUUUUGACAUGGUCCAUAAACAGAUUUAAAAUGAGGCGAAGAGACGAAAAGUUUCCUGAGAAUGGCUUUGAAGCAUGGGGUGGCUACAUGCAAGCCAAAAUUGCAAAAUUGGAAGAACAAUUUUGUGUUUCUGCAGGAAAAGAAGAAGCUCUGUCCGAUAUUUUUAACGGUGUAAGUAUUUACGUCAAUGGAUUUACUGUGCCCUCGGCUGACGAGUUAAAGGUCCUCAUGUCUAAACACGGAGGCACGUAUCAUACCUACCAACGCAGCGAUGACUUUAUAAUAGCCUCGAACUUACCUGAUACUAAAGUGAAGAACAUGAAUCUAAGUAAAGUUGUAAAACCUGAGUGGAUAACUGAUAGUUUGAAAUCAAAUCGUUUAUUAGACUUCAGAGAGUAUUUACUGUACAAAAACUCAAGAACACAAAGACAAUUAAACUUUCAUAAAGUUAUAAAAAGUAAUGAUUCUAUACCAGCUACAUCAAAGUUAGAAGAUGGCCACAAUGAUUAUGAUAGUAAAGGAGAAUACGAAACUUUCGAAGAAAACAGCAAAGCUACAUUAAAAAAUGAAACUUGCAUUCAAGAAACACUGCCCGCUAUAAGUGUAAUGGAUGUGAAGAAGAGUAGUGAUAUAAAUAUUCAAGCGACAUCCAAAGCCAUCUCUGGUCCUGUAACAAAGACAGCAGCUGAUCCAAACUUUAUAGCAGAAUUUUAUAAUAAUUCAAGACUCCAUCAUAUUUCACAAUUAGGAGCUUGUUUUAAACAGCACAUCAAUGAUUUAAGGGAGAAUAGUAACUUCCAAUUUCCUGCAAGAGUUGAGUUGAAAGACAAAAUAAUAAACUCUAACAAUUUCAACAACUUUACUCAGUUGAAGUUUGAGAAAAACAAGGUAAUCAUGCACAUAGAUAUGGAUUGUUUCUUUGUUUCUGUUGGCUUGCGUAACAAACCUGAACUCCGUGGUAAACCAGUUGCUGUGACUCAUUCUAAAGGGGGACAGGGAAGGCCAAAGCGGGCAGGUGUUGACAGGCAUGCAGAGUUCAGUCUCUACAAACAGAAACAAAUAAAGAAAUUUAGUGUGAGUACAGGACAUCCUGAAAAUGAAGUUGUGAUCGAAACUAGAGUAGACAGUAUUGGCGAUGAAAAUGAAAAGUAUGGCUCUAUGAGUGAAAUAGCUUCAUGUUCAUAUGAAGCUCGAGAAAAAGGUAUAGGAAAUGGUAUGUUCAUGGGUGCUGCGCUUAAGCUCUGCCCAGAUCUGCUCACCAUACCAUAUGACUUUGAUGGUUACAAAGAAGUGGCAUAUACCCUAUACAACACCAUAGCACAAUAUACCUUAGAUGUUGAGGCUGUUUCAUGUGAUGAGAUGUAUGUAGAUUGUACUGAGCUUUUAGCAGAUAUGAAUGUUAAUGUUCAAAGUUUCGCGACUAUGUUACGAGAGGAAAUAAAAAGUAAAACUGGCUGCCCGUGUUCAACUGGGUUUGGUGGUAACCGUUUGCAAGCCAGAUUGGCCACAAAGCGUGCUAAACCAGAUGGACAGUUUUUUCUCACUGAAGAUCUAAUUGAAGAUUUUAUUCACGAAAUUAAACUAAGAGACCUCCCAGGUGUUGGUCGGCAGACUGCACAAAAGCUGGAAGCCUUAGGUCACGUAACAUGUGGUUCACUCCAAAGUUUAUCAUUGGCCUCAUUGAAAAGUCAGUUAGGUAAUAAGACUGGAGCUCAGCUUUUUGAUCAAUGUCGAGGUCGCGAUCAGCAUCCAUUAACUUUUCUCACUGUAAGAAAAUCAGUUUCAGCUGAAGUAAAUUACGGAAUUAGAUUUGAAAAUAGCAAUCAAUGUACGGACUUUUUAAAACAAUUAUCAGCAGAAGUUCAUACAAGAAUGCAACAGUUUAAAGUUGUAGGGAAAUGUAUAACAUUGAAACUUAUGGUUAGAGAUGAAGAGGCGCCUGUAGAAACCGCAAAAUUUCUGGGCCAUGGAUAUUGUAAUAUUAUUAAUAAAUCAACCUCAUUGAAUAAAGCUACGAAUGAUGUUGAAGUAAUUACUAAGGAAGUGCUAUCACUUUGCAAGAAGCAAAAUAUAGAUCCUAAAGAAAUGAGAGGAAUUGGUAUACAAGUUACUAAAUUAGAACCUGUGAACGCCAAGCCCUCAAAAGGAGCAAUAAAUAAGUUUUUAUCAAGUAACAUUAAAACAACAAUAAAGUGCGAAUCAAAUUCUUCUGAAGGAGUUUCUACAACUGGUGGCAAAAUGAUCAUUAAAAAGACGCCAACAAAACUAAAGAAAAUUAUUUCUCCUAAGAAGAAAUCUCCAAUUAUUUCGACGAAAUCUCCACUUGGUAAAAGGAGAGGUCGACCACCUAAGAGUUUAAAAUUAUUACAAUCAUCCAAUAGGAGUCUAGCACCUUCUAAAAGUGGUCCGUCGAUCUCAAAGAACUUACCAUCAACUUCGAAGAAAGUAAUGAACAAGUUCCUACAGGGUCAGAAUGCUUCGAAAGACUUGCCAUAUAAAAAUCCAAUGAUAAAAGAAAUUUUACCGAAAGAAGAACCACCAGUUGGAAAGGAGCCAAAAGGCUUGAUAGGACUCUCAUGGAAGACAGUCAGAGAUAUGUUGCGGGCUUGGUUAAACAGUGAUCAAACUCCACUACAGUGUGAUGUGAAUAUGAUCGUCGAAUACUUGCAAGAGAUGGUUCUAACAAAGGACCUGGAACACCUUUUUGUUUUAAUGAAUUUUCUGAGAAGAGUUACUAAGGAAGUUGGCAGUGACGAAUGGUUAAAAGUUUAUGAUAGUAUUCACGAACAAGUUCAAAAUGUGAUGAUCGCUGUUUACGGAAAGAAGUUGUAUGUGUUUGAUGACUAAAUAAAAAAUAUAUUUAGAGAUAAGAAUUCUGUGAUAUUAAAUAAUAAAACUAAGAUUUUCAUAUAA